UGACCCUCAUCCAACGCAGCAGUAAUUCCAGCUUUCAUUGCAGAUUUCCAGCGGCUUGUUCAGAAGGAAAAGCAAGACGUAUCCUCUUUAGAGGGGGCUCUAACAAAGCUGGUGUAACCAAGUAUCACUAAUGCGAUGAUGACCACAGCUUAUGUAACACCAAGUCCCCACACUGUUAAACAAUGGCAACUAGAGAGUUUAGGACUCCUUGCAGAAAACACAGUGAAGUCCAUCAGAAUGUCUUCCAGUAAAAUCCAGACCACAGGGAGCUUGAACACAAGGUUCAGCACUUGGACACCUAUCGCAAAUAAAUCGUUCAACAAGCAGCUCUUUGAGGAAAGAGUUAGUCUCAUAAGCCAUUGGUUUGAUCUGUGGACAGACAAGCAGCGCAAACAAUUCCUCCACACAAUGUUGGUGAGAUGCAGUAAAUCACAACUAAAAUUUACCCAAAACUGGUUUGCAGAGAGGAUUCCAGUGUCCAAAGUGGAUUUCACCAGAGUGCUGCCACAUUUCAUAUCUCUGCACAUCUUCUCCUUUCUCAGUCCCAGGGAGCUGUGUGCAGCUGCUCAAGUCAGCUGGCACUGGAAGUUUAUAACCGAACAGGACUGUUUGUGGGUGCCAAAAUGUGUUAAGUUUGGAUGGUUCCUGCCCUACACUCCAGCAGACAAUGAAUACAGUGCUUGGAAGCGACAUUAUAUUGCUUGUGCAUCCAGCUUAGAUUACUUCACCCCAAGAGAAGCCACUGAAAUCUAUGGGACCCUCAAUGAACCAAAACCUGAAAAUGAGGAGCAGGAAGAGAGGCUAAGAGAAAAAUGGCUACGAAAAAUUAUUCGGGAGAGAUUAGCAUUACGCAAGAAGGAGUUAUUCAAAGCUCGACUGCCUUGGAUGAGUGGGACUUGGAGCUUGAGAUUCUUAAAAUCACGAUUACAGCCAAGUCAGGCGCAGGCAAUCCAGGAUAGGGCUAGACUACAGGCAAUUUUGCAACUAAUUAAGGAAAAAAGUGCUCUUUCGAAUCAUACUCUUUCAGUGCUGCUUUCUGAAGAAAUGAAACCUGUAUCAAACUUUAAUCUAGCAGCAGAAAAACAGCUUGUUUUGGCCUCCUUAAAAACUUUGCCCAAAAGAAAGAAUGUGACUGGAAGCAGAUCUGACCCUGUGUUACCUUACAAACACUGUCAGCGUGUCUACCAAAAACACAGCAGUUUUGCAUAUCCACUUGAGCCAUACCUGGUUUUGAUAUCAUCCAGGAUUCCUGCAUAUGAGAUGGUGCUGGACAGCAUCAAACCUGGGGUGAUUUCUGUGUUGUAUGAACAUUGCGGAAUGACAUUGGAAAGCCUCCUUUUUUACAUAGAAAAGGCUCUGGAUGGCCGAAAAGCAAAGAGUAUAGGGAUUUUUAGCGAUGGAAACUCCAGAGAGAUCAAUUUACUUCAAGGCUGCACAAUCAGUAUUGAGAACAUUCUAAGUCCUGAAGUGAGAGAAUUUUGGGAGAAGCUAGGUUGUGUAAUGUCUCCAGAGGAAGGUGGUUAUGUGGACAUCUUUGUUCCUCUGGCAGCAUCAGAGGCAGGGAUGGAAGUCCUUUCCCAGCUGACUCAGCUAACUGGUAUGCUCUUCAGAACCCCCACAGGAAUUGCAACUGGAUCUUAUCAGCACAUCCUUAGUGAAUGGCUGGGAAAACAGAAGGAUGGACCUCCCAUCUCCACCUACUUCACUGAAGUAAAACUACAGACCUGGCUCAGAACGACAGAGCUCCUGGAGGACGCACUGAAAUCUGUCCGGAAGCAUUUGCGACCAUAUUUAAGUGAACUGCAGAAGAAAAUUAGUGACAGGAUUAUUGGUCAGUUUAUGUUUGAUGCUACGAGCAGAGCUAAAGUACAUACUAAUCAGGAAACAGCCCAGACUUUCACUGACGGAUUAGCUGAACUGUCAAAAAGAAGCUAUGAGGAGGAUGCAAAAGAGGCUGCCACCCAGAGCCAAAAGCCCAACUGCAACAUCAGAGCAAAUGAGCCAACAUUUGAGGCAGUGGCUCAGUUGGAUAAAAAACUUCAGGAGGACACAGCAGACAGACGAACUAGAAUUGCCAGGGAGCUCCUGACAAGUGAGAAGAACUAUGUACACAUGCUGCAAACUGUGAGGGAUGUUUAUGUUGCACCACUGAAAGCAGCAUUAGCAUCAAAUCGAGCCAUCCUAAGUCAUGCUAAUGUUCAAAUCAUCUUCUCUGAUAUCUUGGCUGUCUUACAACUCAAUAGGCAGUUUUUAAAUGAGCUGACAGAAAGACUUCGGGAAUGGAGUCCAUCCCAGUGCUUGGGUGAAAUAUUCACUCAAUUUGGCUGGCAGCUUCAAACAUAUACAAACUUCUUCAACAACUACACUGUCAUUUUGAAAACCAUUGAUAUGUGCAGAGAGACCAUUCCUUUAUUCUGUGCCUUCCUGAAAAGACAUGAUAAGACUGUUGUUACUAACAUGAUGAGCCUGCAGGAGCUGCUGCUAUGCCCUUCUAAAAGGUUUGAAGAGUAUCUUAAUCUUCUUUAUGCUCUGAGACUGCACACUCCUUCAGAACACACUGACCGUGAAGAUUUGACUGCCGCAAUCAAGAUGAUGAAACAAUACAAGGAAUACAUAGAUCAGCUAAAACUGAACAGGAGCAAAGAUGAGCAAAUGCUAAAUGCACAAAGAAUCAUCCAGGGAUGUCCUAAUUUAUUAGAAGCCAACAGGUACCUGAUUAGAAUACAAGAUGUAACCCAGUUUAGCUGCUGUUCUGAGGAAAUCUGUGUUUCAUUCAGGGUCUAUGAACACAUCAGCAAUCUUAGCCUUUUUCUUUUCAACGAUGCACUUGUUAUUUCAAACCGUAGCAUCUCUUAUAUGCCAUUUGAACGGACCCCAAAAACAACUUACCAGUUCUUGGCAGCAGCAGCUCUUCACAGGCUUGUUGUAGAAGACAUUCCACGUUCAAAAUAUAUCAAGAAUGCAUUUAUUCUACAAGGCCCAAAACGCCAAUGGAUUUGUUCUAUAGAGGAUGAAGAUGAUAAAUUUACAUGGUUGUCUGCACUGCAAAGUGCAAUCAACUGUAGCAUUGAGAAGAAAUGAGAUUCACCUUAGUGUUUAGGAUGCCCAACUUCUGUAGUAUGUGCUAAUUAUUUGUGAACAGAUAUUUUGUACAGUUUCCUACUCCGAGAAACUUUUGUUCAAAUUCUGCAUCAUUACCAAGAAGUUAGCAGUCCUUUUGCUAAAAUACUAUCAUGUGUGCGCCUCAGACUGCAGGAAUUUAUGGUAGAAUCACUCGUCAACCUGUAGCUGAAACUGAAAUCACCCAACAAGGACUGCUGUAGAAGUGUACAUCUCUUUGAACGGAUAAAACCUACCCUUUCUCCAAAGUGCUCUUCUGGAGUUCAACUGAAACAGCAGGAAGGUGAAAGACAAAAAAAGGCAGAUGGAAUAUUGGAGGCUAAAGGCUACACAACAAUUCAGAAUUGAGCAGUGUGAGAGGAGAAACCCUGAGCAAUACCAAGGUGUGCUGGAGCAAAAUGUUGGCUCAUUGCUUGGGAGUGUUGUGGUGACUGAUACCAAUUUUGGGAAUUACACAAUGGUCUCCCCCGAGAAGUAGAAAUAUGAAGGAUAAUUAUUAGG